UACAUUUUUUACUGUUAAAUUAUUGUGAUUAUGUGUGUGAAAACUUAGUAUAUUUCUGCCUGUCUAAAACAAAGAAAUGCGACCAAGCUUUAUUCAAAUAUACUUCCUGUUGUCUGCUCAGUCCAAAAGAAAACAACACAAAUACAAUACUAUUAUAUAAUACAAUACAAAGGAAUUCUACAAAAUACAAACCCAUAGGGCACCUGAUCUAGGCAUGACUCCUCCCAGCCCGGAACAACAUGGUGGAAAAGGAAAAGCUCCGGAGAGAAGAACAUCCCAGAGGGAGUGGUAACGGGGAAAUCGGGAGGACUUUGGCUUCACAGCUGCAGUGCCAGUGUUUGCCUUGGCUGCCUCACAGGUCACGUUUCACGUUCAUUAACAAGGUCAUGGCCUCCCCCGGCGCUCUCCUGUCAGAGACGCAGUUUCAGUGUUGCAUCUGUCAGGAGGUUUUCUCUGAGCCCGUUUCCAUCCCCUGCGGCCACAGCUUCUGCUUCACCUGCAUCACAUCACACUGGGACCACGGCCUCGCCGUCAGCUGUCCUAAAUGUCAGACAGUCUUUAAGGGCCGCCCAGAGCUUUGUGAUAACUCCUUUGCCAAGGAAAUGUCAGAGCAGAUCCGAGCGAGAAAGCAAAACGGUGUGAUGCCACAGGCAGGAAAAGUCGUAUAUUGUGAUGUGUGUGUGGGGAUGCAAAGAAAGGCCCUGAAAUCCUGCAUUGUGUGUCUGACCUCAUAUUGUGAGAGUCACCUGGAGCCACACCUGAGAGUUCCAACGUUGAAGAUUCACAAGCUAAUCCAACCUGUGUCAACGCUUGAGAACCGGAUGUGCAAAAGGCACCAAAGGCUCCUGGAGCUAUUCUGCAGGAGCGACCAGAGGUGUGUGUGUGUGCUGUGCACCGAGACCGACCACCGCUGUCACGACUCCGUCCCAGUGGAGCAUGAGAGUCAGGAGAAGAGGGCUCAGAUGAAAAGGCCAGAGGCUGAUGUUGAGCAGAUGAUUCAGGACAGACUGCAGAAAGUGGAGGAGAUCAAACAUUCUGUGGAGCUCAGCAAAGAAAACUCAAAGAGGGACCUAGUGGAAAGCAUGGAGGUCCUGUCCACUCUGCUGGGUUCCCUGGAGAGACGCCAGGCUGAGCUGGCCGAGGUGAUCCAGAGGAAGCAGGAAGCAGCAGAGCGGAGAGCUGAGAGGCUGAUCACAGAGCUGGAGCUGGAAAUCACUGAGCUGGAGAGGAAGAGAAGUGAGAUGGAGCAGCUUUCUCACACUGGGGACCACCUCCAUCUUCUGCAGAGCUUUCCAGCUCUGAGUUUUCCUCCGACUGCCGAAGCCUGCUCGGAAAUCGUCGUCCAUUCAGACACGUGUUUGGGGACUGUGAGGAGAGCUUUGGCCAACAUUGAACAGCAGCUUCAAUCAGCUUUGAAAAAGCUUUCCACUCAAGAUCAUGAGAAGAUGCAGCGGUACGCAGCCGAUGUUCGUCUGGACCCCGGGACAGCCAACCCUUGGCUGGUUCUAUCAGAGGAUGGAAGACAGAUCUGGGAUGGAGAUGUUGAACAGAACCUGGUGGACGUACCAGAGCGCUUUGACACAGCACCAUGUGUCCUCGCCACCAGGGGUUUUACCACUGGGAGGCACUACUGGGAGGUAGACGUGGGAGACAAAACAGCGUGGGACCUGGGUGUGGCUCAACAGUCCGUCAACAGGAAGGGUUUUGUCACGUUGAGUCCAGAGGACGGUUAUUGGACUAUUUGUUUAAGGAAGGGCAGAGAAUACCGAGCAUGUGCAGGACAAGCAGAGCUGCUGUGUCUCUCCCAGAGGCCACAGGUUGUUGGGCUGUUUUUGGAUUACGAGGACGGAACAAUGUCCUUUUAUGACGCAGAGGCCAAGUCACACAUCUAUUCCUUUACAGGGGUCCAAUUCACUGAGACCAUGUUUCCCUUUUUUAACCCAGAUAUGUGUGACAACGGCAGCAACAAAUCACCACUUAUCAUCCGCCCUGUUAGUGGAGCCAGUGGAGGAGAGGAUAUAGAUGACAUUACAAUAUAAUGGCAAAUGUUUAGUGUCUGCUUUUUAUGGUAUUUUAUGUUAAACAUCAUGAAACUGUUCUCUCUUCUCUCUCACUAGUUUUUGAAUUGGACAAUUUGUGUUCCGUUCAAACUCAUUUCACACAUGGGUCCUGGUUCUGACUCUGCUCCUCCCUCAAUAAACUGUAAACCGGUG